GCAGGGGCGGAGCCAAGAUGGCGGCGGGCUGGCUGUGGCGGCGGCUCUGUCAGGGAUCAGCUUUUCCUGUCAGUUAUGCAAGCAGAAUUAUGCAAAAGCAGUCUUUUCUUCCGAGCUCCACCUUGCUGGGAGCACGGCUGGCUGGAUCCCAUGUUGAGACACAGGAGCCCAAGACUAAUCCUUUGGUGUCUAUUUCAGAUGAGCCAGAAACGCUGUACAAGAGAUUGUCCAUUUUAGUUAAAGGCCACGAUAAAGCUGUGUUGGACAGCUAUGAAUAUUUUGCAGUGCUUGCAGCUAAAGAACUUGGCAUCUCUGUUGAAAAAGUAGAUAAACCUCCGAAGACGAUAGAGCGAUUUACACUUCUCAAAUCCGUACACAUUUACAAGAAGCACAGAGUUCAGUAUGAAAUGAGAACACAUUACAUGUGUUUAGAGUUAAAAUACCUAACAAGCAGUACUGCUGCAGUUUACUUGGAGUACGUGCAACGAAACUUACCUGAAGGGGUUGCCAUGGAAGUAAAAAAGACUAAGAUAGAGAAAAUACCAGAACACAUUCAGAAACCUGUUUGGGAUACACUACCUCAAGGAGAAGAAACUGAAGUAAAGUCAUGAACACACCAGGUACUUCAUUAGUACUGAAAUUCAUUGCUCCUAUCAGCCUCAUUUACUGAGACAGUCCAUUGUUAAAUAAAGGUUCUCUUAUAAAGAAAUUGUAUAAA